AGCAUUUUAGGAGAACCUAAAAACACAGUUGAACAAAGACAUACUAGUGGUGCUUUAAACUUUAAGUUUUAAGUGGCGCAGAGAAGUAAAAUCUCCUCUCUUUCUUCACAUUCCACAGCCAUGAUUCUAUCACCCAAAUUCAACCUCAACAAAUUCACUCAUCUGAGCCUCGGAGAAGAUGGUCUCAAACCUAAACUCCCCAUUUGUCACUCAAUAAAUACAAACUCUACUCUAUUCACCCAAAUCCCUAAACACUCCACUUUAAUACCUAAAAGAUUCAGUACCCUAAUAAACACAAGGGAAAAAUUUUCCAUUACCAAUAUUAAUGGUGCUGAAGAAGAUCCUCCUGAAAAAUGCCUGACUGCCAAUGUCAAUGAAAAAGCUCAUGAAAAGAGUUUCUGGGGUGCUGUUAGUUUGAUUAUAGGAACUGCUGUUGGCCCUGGAAUGCUAGGUUUACCUUCUGCGACCAUGAAAUCAGGCCCAUUUCCAUCAACCAUAUCUAUUCUCCUUUCAUGGGUUUAUGUCAUUUCAUCCAUCUUACUUGUUGCAGAGCUGAGUUUUGCAUCAAUGGAAGAAGAUAAAGUUGCAGAGGUGAGCUUCACUGGUCUUGCUACAACUGCAUUGGGUAGUUGGAUGGGUAUGCUAGUUGCUGUCAUCUAUGCUUCCUUGAGUUUUUCUCUGAUUGUUGCUUGUGUUUCUGGUAUCGGUUCUAUAAUGAUUCAGUGGUUUCCAUGGAUGAAUCUUGUUGUAGCUCAUGCUUUGUUUCCUCUUCUUGUUGGGAUUGUAAUAGGAUAUUUCCCAUUUAAGGCCAUCGAUUCAACAAACAGGUUUCUUUGUUUCCUCAUGCUUUUCUCAAUCACUGCGCUAAUAGCAACUGGUUUAUCAGUAGGAAGAACAAAACUGUUGAGUUCUUUUGGUUAUUCAUCUUGGGGCCUCUCUGCAAUCUUACCUGCAAUACCUGUUACCGUUCUUACAUUAGGAUUCCAUGUUAUAACCCCUUUUAUUUGCAAGAUUGUUGGGGAGAGUGUUUUCGAUGCUAGAAGGGCAAUACUAUUUGGUGGUACAGUUCCAUUGAUCAUGGUUUUGUCGUGGAAUUUAGUUGUUCUCGGACUUGCAAAGACUAACAGAGCUGUUUCAUCCCAAGAUCCGAUUUCGCUCUUGCUUUCAGUGAAUUCGUCAGUUCUUCCUGCAGUUCAAGGGUUUGCAUUCUCAGCCUUGUCGACUAGUUUGAUCGGUUAUGCUGUUAGUUUUCCAAAGCAGCUUGUAGAUACAUUGGAGUUGAUUUGGAGGGAAACCAGUUCAGAAAACGUAAAAUUGUCUUCUCUUGUUGGAUCAAAUAGGAAUAGCAGAAUGGGUAAAGUAGGGUCAGGAGUUUAUUCGUCAGGGAAAAAUGUAGGAUCUGUAGGCCAGAUUUCUUUUUCUGGAUCAAGGUUCAUUUCGGAUUCAGGAAGUAGGAUUGUAUCGAGUUAUUUAGGUACCGCUGCAGUAAAUAUGAUUGUGAUGCCUUUUGUUCUUGCUGUACCUAUUGUCAUAGCAUCUUUCUUCCCUUCAGCUUUCUCCAAGGCUCUAGAUUUUGCGGGUGUGUAUGCAAACUGCUUUCUCUUUGGGAUAUUACCUCCCUUAAUGGCAUGGAUUCAUCGAUCCAGGAGGAAAUCCAGGUCUUCUAGGGAUGUCAAUCUUCUUCCAGGAGGGGAUGCAGUUCUUUUGCUACUAUUUGUAAUUGCUGUUAUACUGGGGAUCUGGCAUUAAGAUGCUUUGCACUUGGCAGCAAGACCAACUGAUCAAAAAAGUAUGUUGUCAAUUAUCAAGACUGAAUGCGAACUUGUACGUAUAAAAUUCUGUUGAAACCAUUUUAUACGAUAUGGACGGAAUACUAUCUCUUCGGGGGGGCAGCUACAUGUUUGCUAAUAACAUGUAAACAGUUUGUAAAACAUCUUGAAUGACGACAAUAUCAAAUUUACAUUUUUUUUUUCAAAAUCUGUUUAGACAUUGGGGAUUAGUCAGAAAAUAUCCAACUCAAAUGUUGGAUUCCACUUCUUGUGGAGGAUGAACAGCAGAUACAAGAUGAAACCUUUUCGUAAUAGAAAUUACCAAUAGUUC